CACUGCCAAACAGCCAACGACCACUUGAAGACCAACAGGCUUGAGGUUGAAAAACAAAGGCCAGGGGAAAAUCGCACGUGGUGCCAUACCUAACCCUCCUCGCAUAUUCCCAGGUAGCACUCAUGGAUGCUCAGCGGAAAUCACUUUUGCAUCGGUGUGGUACCUUCUAGCUUCUCACUGAUUUUGUUCACGACUGCGACUCGUUUUGAGUUUUCUGAAAACAAAAACUGCGAAAAAUGUCAACCUCACCAGCAGAUGGCAUCUCUAAGCUCUCCGUAGAGGAUGCUUCCAACAACGAAGCCCCACCCCCACACGACCGCUCGGCGGCAUCGCCGACUAGUGAAGCCACGCCAGCCAACUCGGCCCGCGAAGUGCCAGCCAGUUCCGCUGAAGUAACAGCAGCGUCUCCGUCAAAGGCUCCAGUUCCCGCCGAAGGUGUGGUCGAUACCAAGCCAGCUCGGACUACUUGCGGCGUCUGCGAGAAGGAGCCCAGCAAAUACAAAUGCCCCCAUUGCUCACUUGCAUACUGCUCCGUACCUUGCUCCCGCAUACACAAAGAGACACAUCCUCCCUCCUCCCUACCGCCGAAGCCGCCGCCACCGGUCAACCGGUCUGCAGCCAAGCACAGUCGCCAACACCCGUUUAGCGUUCUCGAUAACUCCCCCGAGUUGCGCAAUCUUUUCAAAAAGUAUCCAAACCUCCCAUCUACUCUGAAUCAGAUACACUCGGCGACAUUGCCCCCUAAUAAAGAGCCUGGCACGAGAGGUGGUCUUCCUUGGAAACUCUCAGAUGUGGAUUCCAGGCUUCUCGACGGCACGGGUCGCCCCGGCGGUGGUAGAAAGAAGAACGAACCCUGGUCUCAGGACGUUGGUCUAAGCCGCGGACGUGCCGCCCUUCGCAAGGCACGCAUGGAUCCUUCCGAUGUUGGCGAUGGCGUCAGGGAGUAUUGCGAGCUCGUGCUGUACCUCUUGUCCAAAGGUAGUGACAAGGACGAGGCCACGGCAAUGGUGAGCCGCGAAUACACUCAAGAAGAGAUCAAGCUCAUCGAGACUCUUCAACAGCAAGAACACGAAGACUGAUGUUGAGCUGGCAUAGCCAUGCCAGAAUUUGGGCGUGACAUCUUCAAGCAUCCUUCUCAUGACUCGCAUCGCUGUGUUUAUUUGUCUCCUGAGUAUCCAGUCUCAACGCUUCUGUACAUGAGGGGUGCUGGCAGUUCCCACCUGCUCUUAUGGUGGAAGAGCCCAAUGGGCUAGUCUCGUACCAGGUCAACAACAGAAGCUCAUAAGCACGCUUCGCUGCACGCUUAUGGCCCAGGAUUGAUUAUUAUCAAGUCCAGCACAGCAUACGGGGAAAUUUCUGGACGCCAGUUUGUGGUGCAUCAUGAGGUUACCUUGGGAAGCUGAGGUUGAGUUAUGUAUAUGACAAAGAAUCCAUACUUGGGCGACUUCAGCUCGGGUGAUUCUGGACCAACUUCGUUUGAAAACGAUCCCUUUUCCUUGCCAACCAGUCGCCCUCGCAACGUCCAGGUGGAUACGGGCCGUUUCAAGAGGGGCGAUAGCCUGGUCUUUUUGACUUCGUCACUCUGCGUCCAAUCUACACGGUGCUUGUUCGCGAUGGAGAUAUGCAGUGGCUUGACCAAUGGUGGUGGCGGCGUGUUGCUGCUGUGGUGGUCUAGGGAAUCUGGUGCGACUUGCGAGUCGCGGACAUUAGGGUCCUCCGACUUCCUUUCCGGGUAAAGACCUUUGCUGCCGCGCUUGUUUUCUUCUUGCUGAUCGCUCGUGCCAUUUGGAUGACCCUCUACCUCAUCUUCCGCUAUGCGACCCCCAUGAACUUGAUUUGAUUCCGGUUUUCGCCCGCUGGAAGCUUUCUGCUGCUCAUCUCUGCUGAGGUGGAGCUUGAGCGCACUCUUGGAUAGUCUGCGGACAAGACCGCUAGUUCCGGUACCCUCCCUCAUGCUGAUGGCUGUUGUUGUGACGGAAAACUGUAAAGCAGCCUCACGAGGCACAUACGGAUGGCUGGUCUGGGUCUGGGCAUCCUCCUUUGCUGCGUUUUCUGAAGACGGCUGUUGGGACGAUUUCCUCUUCUGGGUGUCGAUUUUGGCUUCUGAACGACGAAGCCCUGUGCUCACGGACGGAUCUGCUGCUCUGAAAGCUGCGAUGCCAUCUUGUUGCUGAUAUCCCGAUACGUGUGCGGACGCAAAAUCUGGAUUCAGGCUUGCGCGCCUCCGGCGUUCCGCAGCCCUCUGUUGCUCCUCGAGUACCAGGGAAAGCCGGCGAGACAGCUCCACUGGGUCGACGGAGUAGGUUGCUGACGACUUGCUCUGUCGUGGUCGUUUCAUGGUCUUGAUGGCCGUCAUCCUCCCAGGCUGCCGUAUCACUCCCGGACGUUCGCGGUUAUAAUAGUCCAUGGCUUGGCUGAUAACACCCAUGUGUGUGGUUUGGUGUGUUUUUUUUUGUAUGGGUUGGGAUAAGUUUGGGAGGAAAAGGGGUUAGGUGGUGGCAAUGCAGCAUAAGAAAGGGCGUGGAUGAGUAGGGCGCCCCUAAGAAGAAAAACACUGGGAGGGAGAGGCAAGAUUGCUAGCCUCAAAUCCUGUUUGUUGUCUAGGGGGGGAAAAAUGUUGAAGAAAUAUUGUCGUCUGGUUUAUUAUUUAUUAUUAUUUUAUUCUUGUUUGAUUGUUCCGCGGCGGCGUCCCGCGUGAGGCAAGGAAUUAUCAGCAAAUGACCUAGGUCUCGCUUGUCUCAGAUAGCGGCGUCGGAAACAGGCCGAGAAACGCGGUGUUGAGUUAAUCCCUCUUGAACGGACGGUUUUUAGUGAGAAGGUGUCCCCCUCCAAGACAAAGACGGGUAGUAGGUUUUCUGGCCUCUGCAAGCAUAGAAUGCAAAAGCAAGAAACAAAAUGAAUAUAUACUUGUAAGUCAGCUAGAG